AUGGCCGGAGCUCUUGAAGGAGAUGAGUUUAUUGGCAGUUCAUGCCAGAAUUAUCGUGGGUUGUUGAAGAUUCAUUAUCCGCUGGAACACGGAGUCGUCACCGACUGGGACGAUAUGGAGAGGAUAUGGCAGUAUGUGUACACAGACGAGCUGAAGAUUUUAAGUGAAGAGCAUCCGAUUCUGCUGACCGAGGCGCCAUUGAACCCGCGGUCUAAUCGAGAUCAAGCUGCACAGGUUUUUUUCGAGACUUUUAAUGUUCCAGCACUGUAUUUAUCGAUCCAGGCAGUACUGGCUCUGUAUGCGUCUGGCAAAACUACCGGGUUAGUUCUUGAUUCGGGCGAUGGAGUAACUCAUUCCGUGCCUGUAUAUGGUGGAUUCUCGAUUCCAACUGCCAUUCAACGAAUCGAUAUUGCCGGAAGAGAUGUCACUGAGUACCUACAACUGCUACUACGCAAGUCCGGGUCGGUAUUAUACACCUCGGCAGAAAAGGAGAUUGUGCGAAAUAUCAAGGAGAAUCACUGCUAUAUUGCAUUAGAUCCUCGUCGAGAAGAGAAAGAAUGGUCUGCUCUGGAUAGUCAUGUUUUAAGUGCAGGAUCUGGAUUAGGAGCUACAGGAUCUGUUCCUGGCGAAAUAUAUCGAUUGCCCGAUGGCAAAGAAAUUAAACUCGGAGCCGAACGUUUUCGAGCUGCUGAGCUGUUAUUCUCACCACAUAUUAUUGGGUCGGAGUAUAACGGUGUGCACCAGAUCAUCACCGACUCUAUCAACCGAACCGACCUAGAUCUGCGAAGCGGGCUGUACGAAAGCAUUGUCCUCAGCGGCGGCUCGACCCUGACAAAAGGGUUUGGCAACCGUCUGCUUGCCGAGCUCAAACACAUGGCAUCCAAAAACACCAAAAUCAAAAUCUAUGCCCCGCCCGAACGCAAAUACAGCACCUGGAUCGGCGGGUCCAUCCUGGCCAGUCUCAGCACCUUCAAGAAAAUGUGGGUCACGGCCGACGAGUGGCAGGAAAACCCCGACAUCAUCCACACAAAGUGUAUGUAG